GCAGUGCUGAGUAUAUCACACACCUAUGACAAGUCCACGGCGAGGAGUUUGGUUCGUUCAGCGGUCGGUGUAAACGACUCAGGGGUUCAAGAAUGACAGUACUGUGGAGCGGUGCUCUCGGAGUUGAUGUGUUUGGUAAUCCAAGCGCAGUUUACAAGUUCAGUGACGGAUCUGGAUCCACGUACCCCUUUCAGUGCUCCUUUCGGGAAAUCUGUCAUUGAGCUUUAAAACAGGUAUGGCAAUUGAUUCUUAUAAUCGUGGCACAGGAGCAGAUAUAAAUUUAUCUGCUGAUAUUUGACUACCGGGUCGGUUCUAUGCACAAAUACAAAGACCCAAACACUUUGGCCAAGAGUUCAUAGCAAGGCUUUACAAGGAGGACAGUGUUGUGAAUUAUUGAUAUGACUUGAAACUUGACAGUGAAGAGGGAUAUUGUUGCUGGAUAGACGUCUCACAUAAGCGCGGAUUGUAAAGUUGAGAUUAAACGUUCACUCGUCACGAAGUAUCUCCGCGUCGUUGGCUACAGUUUGUGGGCGGGGUUAACAGGCUUCCCCUUGUGUGUUCUGAAACGUACCAUAAGUUUAUUGAUUUUUAUCAGAGGAUGGAUGAUACAAAGCAGCGGAGAAGAGUCGAGUGUCUUUUACCAUUUCUUUGUCAACCUUAACGUCUUCAUCUACUGGAUACGGAAGGGAAACUUGUUCAGAAGACAGUAACAUCGAACGAUUUGCAGACAGUAUUUUAAGUCAAGACUGGGAUGGCUUGUUGACGUACACAAAACAGUUGGGAAUAGGAUUUACUUGUGGACGUCAAUAUAAGAGUGUAGUGAGUUUUUUUCCUAUUUUUUGUGAAAAGGGAAAGUGUUUUUCGUCGAGGAUAAAUCAACAGACACACUCGCCACAUUUGUAGCAGUGAGAAGGAACUCACAGUGAAUAAGUUAACGCCCGUUAAAAUGGUAGGCUUUAGAGUGUAACAAAUGUAACGACUUAAGCCUGAGACGUCGACAAUAAUUGCUGUCUUGGGUUAAAUCGUUUCUUAAAGGAUCGGCUUGAACAUUAAAUGUCAACGCAGGUUCAUUUUCGGAUCCUUGCGCAUGUUCCUUGGAGUAUAUGCAUUGUUGGAUUUCAAAGUGAUCGGUGAGUUACAACGAUUUCACGUUCAUCGAUACUAGCUUUUCUGGUUAAACCCGAUACGGAGUUCGGUCACAAGGUAAACUGACAUUUGCUGAAAAGAACACGGACAAGUUAAAUAAUUUUCUUUAUGUUCCUUUGCUGAUGUUCUGCGAUUAGCAUCGACUGACAGCAAAACAUAUUCACUGACGCUUUGACAAAAUCAUUACAUUGAUUUUAUGUGGAGGAAACGAAACGAUGUGGAUCUGUUACGAGAGCUGGAUCUUCCAAAGUUUGCAAUGUGUCAAAUGUGUAUUUACAUAAAUGGGUCUUGUUGAGCAACUUUAAAAAGCAUUACCCUGAGAACUAAUUAAAAGCGACGUUGUGAAAGACAAAAAAGUUUACCUCCGCUGUAGCGUCGCAGCAGAGGCGAUAAGGGUGAUCAAAAGAGCAAAUCCUACCAAAGAGGGAAUUAAAGAAGAAAAAUGAAUUCAUCAGUGUCAGAUGAGCUGAUUUCAAUAGAGAGCAAGCAUCACCAGUCAUUCCUUAUACACAAGGCACAAUUCAGAUGUGUGAAACGCAUCAACGCAUCUGAUUGGAACUACGAAACACAUGGCGGCCAGUGGUGCCCCCCAACUUGGGACGAAGUCCUCUGCUGGGACAAAGCCCCUGCAGGGCAGGCUGUGCUCCAACGAUGUCCCAACUACAUCAGCGGCUUCGACACUGACCACCAUGCCGAGAGAAGAUGUACCGAGAACGGGACGUGGUGGUUCAACCCAAGCAUCAACAAGACAUGGACCAACUUCUCACAGUGCAGUCCAACCAGAGACAUCGACCUGAUGGGAAGUAUGACAGGCGCCAACCGACUGAAGAUGCUGUACACGGUGGGGUAUGGGAUAUCCCUCGGCUCCCUCAUCAUCGCCGUCAUCAUCAUGUUGUGCUGCAGGCGGCUCAACUCAAAGAGCAACACGCUCCAUAUCAAUCUGUUCUUUGCCUUUAUUCUGCGAGCCUCGGUUUCAUUCCUCAAGGGGGCGCUGUUUGUCCGCCAGGUGGGCCUGGAGAAGGAUGUCAGAGAGAACGAAGAUGGCAUACUGGAGUUCGUAGACGGGCCGCAUUGGGAGUGCAGGCUGCUCGUCACGAUCUUCAUGUAUUCCAUCUGCGUGAGUCAGUUGUGGAUCUUCAUGGAGGGGUUGUACCUCCACAACCUCAUCUACAGGACCCUGUCCACGGAGAGGAGGGGGGUCAAGCCCUAUAUAUUCCUCGGGUGGCUCUUGCCUUUCACAUUCCUUAUACCCUGGGUCAUCGUCCGGUAUACGCUGGACAACCAUCACUGUUGGACGUAUAGUAAAAGGAAAGAAUUGUUCUGGGUGAUUCACGGUCCUCUGCUGGCUACAGUCGUGAUAAACUUCAUAUUCUUUAUGGAUAUUUUACGAGUACUGUGCACAAGGGUCCGUGCAUCAGCACGACACAUGGGACGCACCAAAUACAGGCGACUGGCCAAGUUUGUGCUGGUUCUAAUUCCCUUAUUUGGAGUUCUGUACAUCGCGUUUCACGUGGCUUUUCCCGCCAGAUUCAAAAGUGAAGUCGGGCUGACCCAUCUCUACAUAGAGAUGACGUAUAAUUCUCUUCAGGGAUUUAUUCUGGCGCUGUUGUUCUGCUUUUUAAAUGAGGAGGUCCACGCAGAGAUAAAGCGCAUGUGGUACAGAAGGAAGAGCCGACGGGGAGACAGUGUGGCCUUGACGAAGUCAUUCGUAGUGUCUUCCUUCAAAAGGGCUUCCUAUAUAAACAGAGGACAAGUUCGAAAAAACGGCACAAUAGUGCCGACGGAGGUUCCCAAAAAUGACGAUAUUUUAACCAAAUUACGCACUAGAGCUUUACGAAUAUUCAGAAAGCAGGAAAGCACAGACGAAGGGGAGAUAAACGAACUCCAGUCUGUUGGAGAGAGUAAAGUAGCCAAAGACAAGAACGACAACCGUGCUGAAUCUUCCGCUUGUGCAGAUUCUUCCGAUCGAGUGUCGUGAAUUCAAUCGGAGCAGAUCGUUUUUCAAAAACAUUUUACAAUGCAAUGCGGGAUUCCGAUUGUCAGAUGUUGAAUGACGGACCAGUGAACUGUGCACAAAAUUGAGUGUGGUCGUGAGUUGUUCAUAACAAUAUGCUUAAACGUGAUGAUUUGUUCAUUGCUUAGGGAUAUAUAUCAUGUGGACAUUUUGUUCGAUUCUGAAUAAAAGCCGGAUGUUGGAUCAUCCAGGUGAUCCACGGGGCAUUUAUCUCUGUCAGAGUGGAUCUGACGUUGCAAGGAUGCCUAUUUUUCAUCACCAACACGUUAAUUUGUAUUGACAGAAGCAAGGCCAAACCCUCGUUAACUCAUAUUGUGUCGCUAGAGAAUCAAUAUGCUCAGUGGCCUAGGAUUUUUAUUUCAGAGAACAUUUCUAAACACAUUAUCCCUGAAGAGAGAACCUAAACAUCCACCAUGUCCAGUAAACGAUGUGUUUGUUGUAUAACCCCGGAGGAAAAACUGAUGUCCAUUGAUCCCCAGCAUUCAAAAUUAUUUUAAGGCAGUCAGCGCACGCGCACACACACACACACACACACACACACACACACACACACACACAAUAACCCCACCCCCCACCUCUCUGCGACAACAGAACAGCAUAUUUACCUCGACAAGGUGUGAGUGUUGGUAUAAUGGAGUUUAACGUUGCUUUCAAAACUAUAGGCUGGUCGGGUAGCCUAGUGGUUAAAGCGUUCCCUCGUCACGCCGAAGACCCGGGUUCGAUUCCCGACAUGGGUACAAUUCACUCACUCACUUCAAAACUACAACGCUUAUGCCUCAGUCAUAGGGAAAGAUUAGUUUACGAUGUUCGAUGCCCGGCGACCGUUGUAUAUGUCACUGAGUCAUUAUAUAGCGACGUGUGUGUUUGUAUAUGUGUGUGUUCGUGUGCGUGCAUGCGGGGUGUGUGUGUGUGUGUGUG